CGUUCUCAUCUCUCCAUCGUCCCCGUCGGUCGUCAAUCAAUGGAGUCUCUCUCCCUCUCUGCUGUCCUUUCUGCUCCAUUUCCUCUCCAAAACCACCCCAAAACCCCCAAACUCGUCAAUCUCCACAGACCCAAUUCUGCCAUAGCCCGGAAGCUCCCUCCCCUGAACCGAUCCCAUUCCCCAGUCACUUCCCGGACCCAAUCCAGGGUCCCUCCCCUGCUCCCCCUCUCCCUCAUCAACCUCUUCAAUGGCGCUCUCCCUUGCUUCGCCGCUGAUACCAUACUUUCCUCCUCCUCCUCCUCAGGCCCGGACCCAUCCGCCAGAAUCAACUUGGAAGCAAUCUUGGUCUCCAUCGACGACUUCUUCAACCGCAACCCGUUCUUCGUCGCCGGGUGCACGUUCAUCUGGCUGGUCGUCAUCCCUGUCGCGGAAUACUACCUGAAGAAAUACAAAUACGUGUUAGCGAUCGACGCGUUUCGGAAGCUGCGCGAUGACCCGACCGCGCAGCUGCUGGACAUAAGGGACCGGAAGAGCUCGGCAGCAACGCCGCCUCCUAGCCUGGGCUACAUGAUGAAGAGACCGGUUCAGGUUCCGUUCGACGAGGGGGACGAAGACGGGUUCGUGAAUAAGGUGAAGGAGAGCUUCGGGGACCCUUCGGACACGGUCAUAUGUAUACUAGACAGUUUUGAUGGCAAUUCCAUGAGAGUGGCUGAAUUGCUGUUCAAGAAUGGGUUCAAGGAGGCCUAUGCAAUCAAGGAUGGCGUCAGAGGCAAGAAAGGGUGGCUGGCCAUACAAGAGACCCUUCUGCCUCCUUCUGUGCACAUGUUCCCCAAGAAGAAGGGCAAAGCUUCAGAAGAUCUCGGGACGAACGGAGCAGUUGCAAAGCAAAGUGGUCGGAAUAGUUCGCUCUCAUCUUCACCCAGCCUUCCAACUAAGGCGGAGAGUCAAGCAUCCAAUCCUGGGAUGAAGUUGGACUCGAAUAAGUCCAAAGUAUCCAUGGUGCCCGAUAAUGUUGUUUGUAGUUCAUCAUCUUCACCGUAUCCUAAUUACCCAGAUUUGAAACCGCCGUCUUCCCCGACUCCUGCAAAGCCCAAGAAUUGAUGCUGAUGGUUAUCUCGAGAAUGGCGGGUGUGUUGCUUCGUGGCAUAUUCUGUCAUGGGAUGAUCUCAAUCCUUGCUUCUGCCUUGUUCGUCGGGUGCAAUUCUUUUGGAUCUCCCAUUUUCUUGGGAAGGAUAAGGGGAAUCGAUUUUCCGGGAUCUGUUUUUGUGUAUCAUCAUGGUGGUCUGAAUCGUGAAAUGCGAAAUUGUUGGGAAAACAGCUGCAGCUAUGUAAACAAGAAAUCAAGAUGUCUAUAUUCCCGAAUACAGACCGGUCGCAUUUUGUAUUACUUGACUGUAUUAACCUCAUGUUGAUCCGGAAUACAAACGAUGUUAUGCUAUGUGAGUUGAAGGCC